AUGUGUGAACAAAACAACAUCAGUAAUAUAUUUUUAUCACAAGUUAAAUCACUUCCAGCAAAUUAUAUUACUGGAUUAAGAAGAAAAUCCAUUAUUCAAGAGUUGGAAAGACUGGACAAUGCCCAUGUUGGAAAAGAGUUUCCAGCACGUCCAGAAGACUACACUCUUUUAGAGGCCAUUGGUGAGGGUACUGAGGGUACUGUAUGGAAAGCAAUCUGCAAUACACUAAAAUGUAAUGUUGCUAUUAAAAUAGUUGAUUUGGAAAAGUCAUCACCCGAAUGUAUAGAUGAUGUAUUAAGAGAAGUUGCAGUGAUGAAUGAAAAUAAUCAUCCAAAUCUAGUUCAAUAUCACACAUCGUUUUUGGUUGAUUCAUCGCUUUGGUUGGUAAUGGACUACUUGGGUGGAGGAUCACUGGCAGAUAUUAUUAAAGAUAAAUUCCCAAAUGGUUUACCAGAGAUUCUGGCAGUGUCAGUUUUGAAGGCAUCGUUGAAGGGACUGGAGUCGCUUCAUGCCCAUCAGAGAAUUCAUCGUGACUUCAAGUCUGACAAUAUUCUCAUUGGCAAUGAAGGUCAAAUUGAAGUAGCAGAUUUUGGUGUCACUGCUAUUCUUGAGAAGAACAACUACAACUAUAGAAAGACAGUAGUUGGUACACCGUGUUGGAUGGCACCUGAAAUCAUCACCGAGAAAGGCUACAACCAGUCGGUCGACAUCUGGUCGUUCGGAAUCACCGCUAUCGAGUUGAUCCGUGGAAAGCCACCCAAUUGUGAACUGCCACCCAACAAGGUGUUCAUGUCACUCCUCUUUAAUUCACCACCCUCGCUUCAGGCAGAAGUCGACAAGGGUAUUAUUUCACAGUACUACAAGGACAUGGUUGAUCGUUGUCUGCAGAAGGAUCCCGCAAAGAGACCGUCUGCCGCCAAACUGCUCGACCACAAGGCAUUCAGAAACGCCAAGAAGUCCGAAUACGUAGUGGAGCAUUUGCUCUCCGGUUUGACGCCAUGCGAAGACCGUUUCCGAAAGAGUCAUGGCCCAUAUUCACAACCAUCGUCUGCAUCGAACAGUCCAGUGAAUUCUCGUUCGAGUUCACCGGACUACUUUAUAGAGAAUCGCGAUGUCAACUUGGUGCGUAGUGCAGGUGCUGAGUAUGGCAGCAACCAUCGCUCCGAAGAUCGUCCAGCCGGUAUCUUAAAGUCCAACUCGGAUCUGGAACUCAAAGACAAGAUGAUUCCACGUGUAUCGUCGCAUCCAACAGAGCUGCAUCGUCUCGACUCGAACCUGAGUAACAGUUCAGGCAAGUCAUCGCCAUCGCACUCCCCACCCAACGAAGAGAGAAAGAUGGCAUCGCCAGGCGUCAAAGAACACCGUAGAUCAUCGAUUUUCAGCCAUUUCAGAAGACAUUCCAUUACAAAGAUCUUUGGUUCACCAAAAGACUCACCUAAAGACUCACACCAACACCAACACGAGAAUAAACAUGAGAAAACACCAUCUCCACCAAAUCAACAACAUCAUCAUCAUUUCCAUUUCCCAUUCUCAAGACACCACCACAAGGAUGUCCAUGAAGUUGCAAACUCUUAA